AUGUGUCUCGCGGCAAUCUCUCCAUCAUACGCGCCGCAGUUGAUGACCACGGCGACGGUAUUCGUGCAGAAUCGUGAAUCGAAUUGGAUUAAGUGCCGCGCGUUGAUGGAUACAUGCGCUACCGCGAGUUUCGUUUCUGAAGGUCUUGCGAAACGUUUAAGAAUCCCGAUAAGCGCGUGUACAAUGCCGAUCGGCGCAAUCAAUUCUAUGAGUACAACGUCUAAGGGCGUCAUUCGAAUUAUCGUCCGAUCAUUACAUAGCGAAUUCUCUAAGGAAUUAACGUGUUUAUUAAUUCCAACAAUAUCAGAUUUGGUUCCGUCAGAAAUUUUCCCUCGAGAAACUCUUAAAAUACCAUCUAACAUAAUAUUAGCCGAUCCAGAGUUUCACGUGCCGCGUCCCGUGGAUAUACUAAUCGGCUCCGGGCCAACAUUGUCCUUAUUUUCGAUAGGUCAAAUUAAUUUAUCGCGAGACGGUUUUGAUCUAUAUUUGCAGAAAACGAGAUUUGGUUGGAUUGUCGCAGGGGGGGGCGCUUCACAGAGUCGGUUAAAAACCACCACGUGCGCAUUGAUCAACUUAGAACAACAAAUCGCUAAUUUUUGGACGAUUGAAGAAAUAGCAAAUAACAUGCCAAGAUCCGUCGAAGAAAUCGAUUGCGAAACACAUUUUACAGAUAAUGUCAUUCGUUGUAACGACGGACGAUACAUGGUACGAUUACCUUUCCGUAAAGGUGACGAACGACUCGGUGAAUCGCGUACUGCUGCUCUCAAACGCUUAUAUUCUCUCGAACGUAAACUCGCUUCCGAUUCGUAUCUGAAAACGGCUUAUUCACAAGUAAUACAAGAGUAUUUAGACAUGAAACACAUGUCCCUAAUCGACGAACCAUUUGACGACGGGUUUUAUAUGCCGCAUCACGCGGUGAUUAAAAAUUCGAGUAAUACGACCAAAGUUCGCGUAGUAUUCGAUGCGUCCGCUAAAGCAAGCAAUGGUUUAUCUCUAAAUAACAUGUUGAUGGUAGGACCCACUAUACAAGAUCCGUUGUUUGCGCAUUUACUCCGUUUUCGUAUAUAUAAAUACGUGUUAUCCGCCGAUAUAGAGAAAAUGUACCGGCAAGUGUUGGUUCAUCAAGACGAUCGAAUAUACCAGCGUAUACUUUGGCGUCAAGACGGUCAAAUUAAAACUUUCCAACUUAACACACUUACGUUCGGGGUAUCUUCAUCGCCUUACCUCGCGAUACGCACGAUUCAAAGACUCGCCGAUGACGAGCAUGACGAGUUUCCUAAUGCUGCGGAAGUUCUUAAAAAUCAUCUUUACGUUGACGAUUUAUUAACCGGCGCGGAGACUGUCGAAGAAGCUCGCUCGUUGCGAAACGAGAUAAUCAUACUAUUGUCUCGUGGCGGCUUCAACAUCCGACAAUGGGCCUCAAACGAGAAACGUAUUAUCGAAGAUUUAAGUCCCGAUGCCAUGAAUGCCAAUCUUGUACUCGACAAGACAAACGCUUUAAAAACGUUAGGUAUAUCGUGGUCUGCGCGCGCUGACAUGCUACACUACGCGGUCCGUUCUAUUGAUCGCAGCGGAAAAAUCACGAAACGAAUCGUCAUGUCAGAAAUUGCUAGGAUAUUCGAUCCCCUAGGCAUUUUAGGUCCAGUCAUCCUGUAUGCAAAAAAACUAAUGCAAGACUUAUGGCGAUGUAAGGUAGAUUGGGAUGAAUCUAUUCCCGCUAGCAUGCAUUGCGCUUGGGUCGAAUUCGCGGCACAAUUAAACUUGAUUAACCAGUUAUCUAUCCAUCGUCAGAUAUUAAUCCCUAACUAUAUUGACGUUCAGAUUCACGGAUUUUGCGACGCGAGCAAUACAGGCUACGGUGCUUGUUUAUAUCUUCGUUCGAAUGAUGGAGAUAACACGCAUUGUCAUCUUUUAUGCGCUAAGUCGCGGGUCGCGCCGCUAAAAACCGUAACAACGCCCCGUCUCGAGUUGUGCGGUGCACUUCUUUUAUCCAAAUUGUAUAACGAGGCCCGUAGCAUGAUAAAAUUAAACUUCAGCAAGGUAUUCAUGUGGAGCGAUUCGACUAUAGUAUUACAUUGGCUGAAGACUUCGCCUCAUCUUUUAAAACCCUAUGUUUCUCAUAGAGUAGCGCAGAUACAAGAAAUCACACAGCCAUUGUUUUGGCGACAUGUUAGUACAAAGGAUAAUCCGGCCGACGCGCUGUCGAGAGGUCAAUUACCGAAAGAUUUUUUAAAUAAUCUGUCAUGGUUCUCAGGACCGUCAUGGUUAAUGAAAUCUGAAAGCGAAUGGCCUAAUAACUGCAUAGACUUGAACGAGUUGCCGGAAUUAAGAAAAAACGUUUGUUUGACGACCAACGUUCCCGACUAUAGUAUUUUUCAACGAUAUUCGUCGUAUUCGAGAUUGCUGCGAAUCAUGGCGUCGUGCCUGCGUUUUCGUCCGAAAAAUAUUUAUCGUGGACCAUUAUGUAUAAAAGAGUUAGAUGAAACAGAAAUCAGAAUAAUAAAGAUUAUCCAAUCUCAUAGCUUUUCGUGUGAAGCGAAGGAAUUAACACAUGGACGGUCGGUAAAUAAAACCAAUAUAGCUGCGUUGAAUCCAUUCCUCGACGAAAAUGGCUUGAUCCGUGUCGGCGGACGGUUAAAGGAGUCGAAAUUAGCUCACGCACAGAAACAUCCAAUUUUGAUUCCGAGUCGACAUUUUCUCACUGAUCUCAUUAUUAGAGAAACGCAUGAAAAACAUUUUCACACCGGCAUUCAAACGACGUUGUAUAUGAUUCGGCAGAAGUUUUGGCUGCUUGACGGACGUAAUCAGGUGCGCAAGAUCGUACGAUCAUUAAAGACUGUGCAUUUGGAAGUGGUGAGCGAUCUCACCACCGACGGAUUCUUAGCCGCCUUACGACGUUUUGUAUCAAGACGCGGCGUUCCAACACAUAUUCACUCCGAUAACGGAACCAAUUUUGUCGGAGCCAACAAUAGGUUGAAGGAAUUAUACAGCCUCUUCAAUUCUGAAGAACAUAAAAAUAAAAUUAAUCAAUUUUCGUUGGAACACCGCGUCACGUGGCAUUUUAUACCUCCCAUUGCUCCACAUUUCGGUGGACUAUGGGAAUCCACCGUAAAAAUAUUCAAACACCAUUUUAAACGCGUGGUUGGUGAUCUUUUAUUCACGUUUGAAGAAUUUAAUACUUUUGUCGUAGAAAUCGAAGGAAUAUUAAAUUCGCGCCCUAUUUCCUAUUUGUCCUCAGAUCCUAAUGAUCUCUUAGCCCUUACACCUGCGCAUUUCUUGAUCGGUAAACCAUUGAAUAAUCUACCUGAGCUCGAUCUCUCAUCUGUCCCAGCAAACCGCCUAUCAGCCUGGCAACAUAUCAGAAAGGUACGACAAGAUUUCUGGGCACGAUGGAGCUUAGAAUACCUCAAUGAGCUACAAGUCCGACAUAAAUGGAUCAAGGAUGGAGAAAACAUCACUACUGGAAUGGUCGUGCUCGUCAAGGACAAGGGCCUUCCUUGUCUGCAAUGGGCACUGGGCAAGGUUCUAGAAACUCAUCCCGGCGAAGACGGAAUCCCACGAACCGUGACCAUCAAAACUCGCACUGGAGUAAUGAAGCGUUCAGUGAAGUGUCUAAGUCCACUUCCGAUCGAACAAUAG